AUGCCUUCUGUACGCACAGAACCCAUCACGAUAUGCCUUCUGUAUGCACAGGAGGCCAUCACGAUGUGUCUUCUGUAUGCACAGGAGGCCAUCACAAUAUGUCUUCUGUAUGCACGGGAGGCCAUCAUGAUAUGUCUUCUGUAUGCACAGGAGGCCAUCACAAUAUGUCUUCUGUAUGCACGGGAGGCCAUCAUGAUAUGUCUUCUGUAUGCACAGGAGGCCAUCACAAUAUGUCUUCUGUAUGCACGGGAGGCCAUCAUGAUAUGUCUUCUGUAUGCACAGGAGGCCAUCACAAUAUGUCUUCUGUAUGCACAGAACCCAUCACGAUAUGCCUUCUGUCAUUAUAUGUUGGGGCAGUGGGCAGUGAGGAAGCCUGUGUUGAACUCCGCCAAUAUUCAUCUUGAUGUUGAUUCACAAUUUGGCAGCACCAAAACCAGGUUUGCUGGUUGCCCAACAGUGGCAAACAGGUGUGUCCAGUCCACCCCCCCUCCACCCCCACCCUCCCCAUACACAGGUGUGUCCAGUCCACCCCCCCUCCACCCCCACCCUCCCCAUACACAGGUGUGUCCAGUCCACCCCCCCUCCACCCCCACCCUCCCCAUACACAGGUAUGUCCAGUCCACCCCCCCUCCACCCCCACCCUCCCCAUACACAGGUGUGUCCAGUCCACCCCCACCCCCUCCACCCCCACCCUCCCCAUACACAGGUGUGUCCAGUCCCCACCACAUACCCUCAAGUUGUGUCCAGUCCCAACCCCCACCACAUACCCUCAAGCUGUGUCCAGUCCCCACCACAUACCCUCAAGUUGUGUCCAGUCUCCACCACAUACUCUCAAGUUGUGUCCAGUCUCCACCACAUACCCUCAAGUUGUGUCCAGUCCUCACCGCAUACCCUCAAGUUGUGUCCAGUCCCCACCACAUACCCUCAAGUUGUGUCCAGUCCCCACCACAUACCCUCAAGUUGUGUCCAGUCCCAACCCCCACCACAUACCCUCAAGCUGUGUCCAGUCCCCACCACAUACCCUCAAGUUGUGUCCAGUCUCCACCACAUACUCUCAAGUUGUGUCCAGUCCCAACCCCCACCACAUACCCUCAAGUUGUGUCCAGUCCCCACCACAUACCCUCAAGUUGUGUCCAGUCCCCACUACAUACCCUCAAGUUGUGUCCAGUCCCCACCACAUACCCUCAAGUUGUGUCCAGUCCCCACCACAUACCCUCAGGUUGUGUCCAGUCUCCACCACAUACUCUCAAGUUGUGUCCAGUCUCCACCACAUACCCUCAAGUUGUGUCCAGUCCCCACCACAUACCCUCAAGUUGUGUCCAGUCCCCACCACAUACCCUCAAGUUGUGUCCAGUCCCCACCACAUACCCUCAAGUUGUGUCCAGUCUCCACCACAUACCCUCAAGUUGUGUCCAGUCUCCACCACAUACCCUCAAGUUGUGUCCAGUCCCCACCCCCACCACAUACCCUCAAGUUGUGUCCAGUCCCCACCACAUACUCUCAAGUUGUGUCCAGUCCCCACCACAUACCCUCAAGUUGUGUUCAGUCUCCACCACAUACCCUCAGGUUGUGUCCAGUCUCCACCACAUACGCUCAAGUUGUGUCCAGUCCCAACCCCCACCACAUACCCUCAAGCUGUGUCCAGUCCCCACCACAUACCCUCAAGCUGUGUCCAGUCCCCACCACAUACCCUCAAGCUGUGUCCAGUCCCCACCACAUACCCUCAAGUUGUGUCCAGUCCCCACCACAUACCCUCAAGUUGUGUCCAGUCCCCACCACAUACCCUCAAGUUGUGUCCAGUCUCCACCACAUACCCUCAAGUUGUGUCCAGUCUCCACCACAUACUCUCAAGUUGUGUCCAGUCUCCACCACAUACCCUCAAGUAUUGUCCAGUCUCCACCACAUACUCUCAAGUUGUGUCCAGUCCUCAACGCAUACCCUCAAGCUGUGUCCAGUCCUCACCGCAUACCCUCAAGUUGUGUCCAGUCCCCACCACAUUCCCUCAAGUUGUGUCCAGUCCCCACCACAUACCCUCAAGUUGUGUCCAGUCCCCACCACAUACCCUCAAGUUGUGUCCAGUCUCCACCACAUACUCUCAAGUUGUGUCCAGUCCCCACCCCCACCACAUACCCUCAAGUUGUGUCCAGUCCCCACCACAUACUCUCAAGUUGUGUCCAGUCCCCACCACAUACCCUCAAGUUGUGUCCAGUCUCCACCACAUACUCUCAAGUUGCGUCCAGUCCCAACCCCCACCACAUACCCUCAAGCUGUGUCCAGUCCCCACCACAUACCCUCAAGUUGUGUCCAGUCCCCACCACAUACCCUCAAGUUGUGUCCAGUCCCCACCACAUACCCUCAAGUUGUGUCCAGUCUCCACCACAUACCCUCAAGUUGUGUCCAGUCUCCACCACAUACUCUCAAGUUGUGUCCAGUCUCCACCACAUACCCUCAAGUUGUGUCCAGUCCCCACCACAUACCCUCAAGUUGUGUCCAGUCUCCACCACAUACCCUCAAGUUGUGUCCAGUCUCCACCACAUACCCUCAAGUUGUGUCCAGUCCUCAACGCAUACCCUCAAGCUGUGUCCAGUCAUCACCGCAUACCCUCAAGUUGUGUCCAGUCCCCACCACAUACCCUAA